AGAAGAGGAAUCAUUGACUUCAGUCACUACUCACUUCAAGAAGUAGCGAGUCAUCUAAACAACGAGCAGACGCCCAUCUGUUGUGGUUGGGGCAAGUUAACAACGACAAUUUCAAGAGGCCAUUUCAGUCAGACGCAAUGGAUCCCGUUGCCCAAGAUGUGAACCUGAACUCCCCCAACAAGGGUCUGCCUGUGGAACAUUCCGGAGGGCUCGACGGUUUUCCAGUGGAAGGCACGCUGGGGAACCCCGGCAACCCGCUCCCACCAGGCCUGACGGAGGAGGAAGCUGAGGAGCUUCGCAGCGAACUCGCCAAGGUGGAGGAUGAGAUCGGCACCCUGCGUCAGGUUCUGUCCGCUAAGGAGAGACAUGCAACAGAGCUCAAAAGGAAACUGGGCCUGAGCCCCCUCAACGAGCUCAAGCAGAAUCUCAGUAAAAGCUGGCAGGAUGUCCAGACCUCCAAUGCAUAUGUGUCUGCCUCGGCUACUUUGGAUGACAUUACCCGCUCUGAAGCAUACAAGAAGACUCAGGAGACCCUUUCCCAGGCAGGACAGAAGACCAGUGCGGCUCUCACCACCAUGGGCUCGGCCAUUAGCAGGAAGCUCGGUGACAUGAGAGCGCUCCCUUUCUCCAAUUCUUUUAGUAGCCACUAUUCCAUUCGCCACUCCAUAAGUAUGCCAGCUAUGAGAAACUCUGCUACCUUCAAGUCGUUUGAGGACAAAGUGGGCAAUCUGAAGUACAAGGUGGUGGGGCCCCGAGGAGAUGAGGGGAUGAAUUCCACUUCCCCGACCCAGGAGAACCCACCUUUCUGAACACCCUCCACGAAGCCCGAGACUUGUCACCACCUCACUUUGCAGGCGCCGCCAAUGGCCUCCACCAAACCCACAACUGUAUAGCGUCCUCUCGUCCGCUCCGUUGCCAUCCAGCAGACUGCCUUUGAAGUUUCCUCUGUUUUCUCCACUACUCGUCCAUUCUCCUCCGUAUGAACGCACGUUCUCAUCGCAAUGCGGGUCACUCGCUUGCCCGGCUGGUGCACGUCUCCUGUUGGCAGCAUCCCAUCAACAGAUCUCUUGGGAGAACACUUUUGUAUAACACUUUUUCACUGCUUUGCAUAGUGUUUUUUUCUUUGUUUUGUUUUGUUUUAAACAAGGAUAAUGCCAGUACUGUGCAUGGAGGAAAGGAAAAAAAGAAAAUGAGCAAGUCACUCACUAAAAUAUGCGUGCGCAUGACUUGCUGAGGCUUACCUCGAACUCCUCUUCAGCCAAGAACCACCUUUUGCUUCAGUGUUUCUUAAUAUGCCGCCAUGGUGGACAAGUGCAUGGAGACUUCGAACAAAGCCUGAGUCCUGGUUGGGUGUCCAUUUUGUGUUUCGCUCAUUAAAACCUUUAACUAAGCUACAUAAACCGACUGUGUCACACUGUAACUACUCCCUACAGUAUGUACACAUGCAGAAUGAGUAAAACUUUGUGACUUGUUUUACUGGAGCAAAUUGUUACAUGUCAUUUAAUUGACAACAGAGCACUCGUAAAGCUGCUAUAAGAAACAUUUAAAUGCCAGAAACAUCAGGCCAACAUUAAAAGUGACACUCAUUGACUUCUGAACUGUUGUGUGUGUAUUGCGCUUUUUGUUUCCUUGUUUGAAAUUGCCAAACUUAACUCAAUUUAUCACGCUGCAUUUAUGAUGAUGAUUUUUCGUAAUGACAUUUAUCUCAACUCACGCUUGAUGAGGUACAGGAGCAGAGGACACUUGGCUAACUUUAUCAAUAGUGCGAGGCUGUAUGUAUCUUGAUGCUGGACUGGGAUUAGAUUAUUAUUGUAACAUUUGAAAGACUGGAGAAUGAAUUUUAGUUUUGUUUAUGAGUUACAAAUAAAGCAUUCCUUUAAACAA